CGCCGAUAUUAGGAGUUCAAUGCCAUCAAGUUGCCGUACUUUGUUCAGCUUGGGAGAUAGUACUAUAUAGGUAUUCCUACUAGCAUCCCGCUUUAUUGGCUCUGUGCCGUCACUAGCCUUAAUCGGCUGACCGGCUGAUUACGGCGCACAGAACCGCCAUCUCGCAGCUAGCCGAGUGCUGCUGCCACCUAGUCAGUGCACUACAUGACCGCUAACUUGGUAGCACAACAACGGAAUUAGAUGGCCUACUGAAUUUGCUAUAGUGCUCCAAGAGCGAGUGCUAGUGGGAUGCGCCGAACAUCGCUCAGCCGCCUACCGAAACGAAGCCCUUUUUGCCGGCCUGUAAACAACGAGGCUGCUUACUUGGCAUCGCUUUGCAUGAAAAUCACAGGCAGGCCGCGGUGGUGCAUCAGCGCGGCGUCCUCUGCUGCCUCUUCUGCUGCAGCCCAGAACAUCGGCCGACGCCCAAUGCUGCCAUGACAGUCCUAAUCAAGUCCACGAGGCUGCUGCGGCCCCUCGGAAUUCGCGUCCCAGCCCUGCUGCAGGCCCAGCGCCGGCGCUUCACCUCUGAUCGUGCGUACGAUGUUUCUGAUGCCGACAUCACCAAGCUGGCCAACCUGCCUCAGCAUCCUCUCCGUCUUGCGGAUCUUGUAAGACACGGUAGGCCGCCUCUAUCCGAAAGGUCGCUGCUGUCGUCGGCCAACUUCACGCUCUCCCUCGCUCCGAUCCGUCUCGCCCAUCGCCUCCAAGCUCUCCAGAACCUCCCGUACAUUGUCGUGUCUAACCCGAACAUUUCUCAAAUCUACAACAAUUACCUGCACUCUCUAUCUAUCCUGCUGCCUUACUGGCAGGCUGCUUCUGAAGGCCGAGCCAUCACCACCCUCGACGAUGAAAUCAAGUUCACCAAUGUCCUCGCCGAGCUGGUCGCCACUCAUACCGACACAAUCCCUAUCCUGGCUAAGGGCUUCCUCGAGUGUCGUCGAUAUAUCUCCCCGGCCGAAGUGACGCGCUUCUUGGACGAACAUCUGCGCGCCCGUAUUGGCACUCGCCUCAUUUCGGAACAGCACAUUGCAUUGCACUUCAGCAGCCAGCCCCAUUUCGAUCCUGGCGCCAGUCCUACGCCAUGCCCUGAGCACCCAACAUAUAUCGGUGUUAUUGACACCGCUUUAAAGCCCUCGCUGACGAUUGACUCUUGCGCCGGCUUCGUGGCUGAUAUCUGCGAGCUCCGAUACGGCGUACGCCCGAAGCUCAUCAUCGACGGUGAGCCAGAAACGACAUUUGCGUUCCUGCCGAUGCAUCUGGAAUAUAUUGUCACUGAACUCCUUAAAAAUGCGUUCCGCGCAUCAAUCGAAAGCAAAACAACCGAGCCUGUUGUGGUUACCAUCGCCCCUGAACCACCAUUGAAACAACAAGAGGGCGAUCUCCCUGAUAUCAAACCCCCAUCCGAGGAAUUAGGACCCUUCAAGUACGACGCUAUUAAGCCUCUGGAUGAUAAUGCCCCGGGCGUGACGAUUCGCAUCCGAGACCGAGGGGGCGGCAUUCCCCCAGAUGUUCUUCCUAAUAUCUGGUCUUACUCGUUUACUACGUUUUCCGAAGAUCAGGAUAUCCCUGGAUCCAGUGGAAACGAUGGGCUCAGUGCUAUUGCUACUGCUAGCACCGGGGGAAGCUCCAUUGCCGGCCUGGGAUACGGCCUGCCGCUGAGCCGCGCAUAUGCCGAGUACUUUGGCGGCGGUAUUGCCGUUCAGAGUUUAUACGGAUGGGGAACUGACGUCUAUCUCCGUCUUAAGGGCGUUGGAAAGGUAGGCCAGAAGUAAAGAGAAUUGUUGUAGCAGUGGUUGAGCUGAGGGCGGCACUUGUAUGCAUAGAUGGCUUUUCUUUUCUUUCCUUGUAAGAUUGCCCAAAGUUGGCUAAAGCGAAGCAAAAGUGUAUCUUAGUUCCAUAGCGUGUGUAUAAUUUCACUUGUUAGAUUUUUUUUUUUUAUUCUUCUUCUUCUAUUUGGUCUUGGAAAUGGAAAGCUUCUUACCAUUCAGCAUUGUAAGCCCCAUCAUUCUUUAUUCAUGGGAGUCAAUGGCUUAUAAC